AUGAAGAAAUAUUGGAAGACAGAGGUCACAAAUGAGAAACCACACAGGGAUAAACUGAAGGUUCUGAUUUUUAUCUUUCUGUCUCUGACCUACAUGAUGAGUGUAACUGGGAAUUUGACCAUCACUACUCUCACUUUGUUAGAUCCCCAUCUUAAAACCCACAUGAGGUUUUUUCUUAGGAACUAUUCCUUCUUAGAAUUGUCAUUCACAACUGUCUUUAUUCCCAGAUUUCUGUACAUGUCAUCUGGGGACUAUACUGUGACCUAUAAUGCAUGUUUCACUCAAUUAUUUUUUGCUGUCUUCCUUGGGGCCUCAGAAUUUUUACUCUUGGCUGCCAUGUCUUAUGGCUGCUAUGUAGGCAUCUGCAAAACCCUAUACUAUACAACCAUCAUAUACAACAGAGUCUGUAACCAGCUCUUCCUGGGUUGUUGGUUGUAUGGGUUAAUGAUCAUCCUUCCACCACGUGGUAUGGGUCUUGAUGUAGAAUUCUGUGACUCCAAUAUUAUUGACCAUUUUGCCUGUGAUGCAGCACCGUUGCUGGACAUCACAUGCUGUGAUACACAGGUACUAGAAAGAAUGAUUUUAGUCUCUGCUGUAUUGACUCUCAUCAUCACCUUAGUGUUAGUGGUUCUAUCUUGUGCCUAUAUAGUCAGGACUAUUCUGAGAUUGCCUUCUGCCCAGCGAAGGAGAAAAGCCUUUUCCACUUGUUCCUUCCACAUGAUUGUUGUCUCCAUGACUUAUGGAACCUUCAUCUUCAUGUAUAUCAAACCUUCUGAAAAAGAUGGGGUGGCUUUGAAUAACGUGGUGUCCGUACUUGUGACCUCUGUGGCACCAGUAAUAAACCCCUUUAUAUACACCCUGAGAAAUAAACAUGUGAUGCAAGCUUUUAGGGACACAUUCAUAAGGAUUACAUUGAUUUCGAAGCUAUAA